CAGCAGGCUUCUCUUUCUCAUUGCUCUAUCCCUCUCUUUUGCUUUGUUCAUGCUGUGAUCUCCUUCUGAAGCAACGCCACACUGGAGCUUUAAUGAGCGGGCUGAGAGCAAGAGCUACACACAGAUCUUCCAUCAGCCAAAGAGAAGCGGGCAACUCAACGGCAUAAGAGGCGACCAGACGAGCUGCUGAUCUGCAGUCAGCUGAGAGGCAACUGAAGAAGGCAAAUGACAUUUCUGAGCAAGACGUAGGAAGAGGUUGUGAAGAGUCUUCGGAGACAAAUCAGCUGAGAAAGAGAGAAAUAAGAGAAGAAUACUCCGGAGUGAAAGCUGACCUUCGGUGCACUCCAUAGAAGAAGGACCUAUUUCCCAGAAUCUCAACAAUGGAGGAAACGCUCACCUGCAGUCGAAGCCCUUUCUCUCAGGUGUUUGGGCGCCAGGGUCAGCUCAUGCGAGCCACUGUGCAGUCGCUGAAUAAUCUCAAUGACCAGAUUGCAAGCUUCAUGGUUACCAGACCCAAGUCCCUGGAACAGGAGCAGCAGGCCUACUCUCCUCCUGAGACGGAGACACUGCAGAAAUCCAUGAACCUUAUGCGGCACCUUCUCGUUGAUGCUCAGGCAAAAAUCCUGAAAAUGAUGGAUGACAACAAGCAGCUGGCUCACCGGAUCGAUGGGGCCAUUCAGUCGGCCAGUCAGGAGGUGACCAACCUGCGGUCAGAGCUGAGCGCCACCAGCCGCAGACUGGCCGAGCUGGGUGCAACGGACUCCUCCGCCAGCAUGCUGGAGACAGUGCAGCACAACCACAACGAUCACUCUCCUCACCACAAGCAGAAGCCCCCAACCACUGAGCUCUGCUACAAGACUGAAAUCAGCAGUCUCAUGGACUUCAACUCUCCAGAUGCCUCUCUGGACAAAGUUCUGCUGCGUGAAGAGGUGGCCCAGCUCCAGCAGGAGGUGCACCUGCUGCGGCAGAUGAAAGACAUGUUAAGCAAGGACCUGGAGGAGACCCAAAGAGGCUGCUCGGCUGACGUCCUGUCCGCCACGGAGCUCCGAGUGCAGCUGGCUCAGAAGGAGGAGGAGCUGGACCGGGCCAAGGAGGCUUUACAAGCCAUGAAAUCCGACCGUAAACGUCUUAAGGCAGAGAAAGCCGACCUGGUGAACCAGAUGCAGCAGCUUUAUGCCACGCUGGAGAGCCGAGAGGAGCAGCUCCGUGACUUCAUCCGCAACUACGAGCAGCACAGAAAAGAGAGCGAGGAUGCAGUAAAGGCUUUGGCCAAGGAGAAAGACCUCCUGGAGAGAGAGAAGUGGGAUCUGAGACGGCAGACCAAGGAGGCCACGGAGCACACAGGGAUGCUGCGCUCCCAGCUUGACCUCAAGGAGAACCGCAUCAAGGAGCUGGAGGCUGAACUUGCUAUGAUGAGUAACUGUGUCAAUCAGAGAAUGGAGUUCCGGGUGUUUGAGCGGCUUGCGGACAGGGACUACUCUCCUAGGGUCAUGGCGGCCAAACAGUCACUAGCCACCCUGACAAAGGAUGUGCCCAAGCGUCACUCGUUGGCCAUGCCCACAGAGGCAGUCGUCAAUGGCAACAACCAGGAGUGGGUGAUGCAGGCGGAUCUACCCCUGACUGCUGCCAUUAGGCAGAGUCAGCAGACCCUCUAUGUCCACACAGGCCAUCCCACUGACAGACAAGUGGCUGCUGUGCGGGUGAGCCCGAUCCACUCGCGUCAACCCUCCGUUAUCUCUGACGCCUCUGCAGUGGAGGGAGAUCGGUCGUCUACACCCAGCGACAUAAACUCGCCACGUCACCGGACUCACUCCCUCUGCAAUUCCCUAGAAGAUCUGGAGGAGGCGAAGCGUAAGAAGAAGAAAGAAAAGAUGGGGCUAGGCUCGCUGUCGCGUGUCUUUGCCCGAGGAAAGCAACGCAAGUCCCUGGACCCCGGUUUGUUUGAUGACUCAGACAGCCUGUACAGUCUCAACCGCCUCAGCCUGUCAGACGGGUCAGAGGACCAGCUGGAUCGCCUCCAGCAAGUGGAGCUGGCCAGGACGACGCCCAUGUCUCAGUGGAGGGCGGGCACUGUGCAGGCCUGGCUGGAGGUUGUCAUGGCAAUGCCCAUGUACAUUCGCACCUGUUCAGAAAACGUCAAGAGCGGAAAGGUCUUACUGGGACUAAACGAUGAAGACCUGGAGCUGGGUUUGGGUGUCAGCAGUUUAAUGCACCGCAGGAAACUCUGCCUUGCCAUAGAAGAUUACAGAGAUGCUGAGAAUGGCAAAGAGCUGUCAAAGGCUGCAGAUUUGGACCACCACUGGGUGGCCAAGGCUUGGCUGAGUGAUGUGGGAUUGCCUCAGUACUCCCAGGCUUUUCACACUCACCUGGUGGAUGGACGCAUGCUGAACUCACUGACUCGUCGUGACCUAGAACGUCACCUCAACAUCACCAAGAAGUUCCAUCAGGUCAGCCUGCUGUUGGGCAUUGAACUACUGCAGUCGUUCAACUUCGACAAGGAGGUGCUGCAGGCUCGCCGGAUACAGAGUGAGCACCAGAAUGACGAUCCAUUGGUCUGGACGUCUCAUCGUGUCAUGAAAUGGAUCAAGGAUAUUGACCUCAAGGAAUAUGCUGACAUCCUUCUCAGUAGUGGAGUUCAUGGAGCUGUUAUGAUGCUAGACCCCUCUUUCAACACUGACUCCAUGGCUGCAGUUCUGGGAAUCCCCAGCAGCAAACAAAUGGUCCGCCGACACCUUGACGAGGAAAUGAGGGCACUGAUUGGCUCAGCCAGAGCAAAUGCACAACAAAGCUAUGAUCAUUCAGGUAUAAUAACUCCACCAACACCACUUCGGCAGAACUCCUUGACCAGACCUCCCAGCUCUAACCCCCGACACACAGAUGAUGAGGGCUCUCUAAGAAGAAGGGCUAUCAAGCCUCCAAUGGGGUUCAGCUCCAAAAACCGGGGUGGGCGGGACCUUAGUUGCCAUAGCAGUUUUGGCUCCCUACCUCGGGACGUUCGAGAUCGCACUCCCCCUAGAGCCGAAGGAAGCCCGAUCCGUGGUUACUCCAGCAUUGAGAUCACCAAUGUGUGAUGGCCUAAAAACUGAAACUGCAGCGAAUAUUCUCUGAGCCUUUACAGGACAUGUUGCACUUCAUAAAAAGAAUAUGUUUCUUUUUAAAAGUUUCAUGAUUUAAGUAAAUUGUGCACAAAUUUUUAUGCUCUUAAGUAGGAAACCUGAGUCAAACAACUUAUUUUUUUAUUAUGUGUGUAAAUGUCUUUUGCUGGAUUGUUUUAGUUUACCAACUCUGACAGUCAAACUGAUUAUUCUUCUGAAAUAUUUGAUUGUUUGACUCAAUGUAUAAUAGAGACUACUUAAUGAUUUAAAAGAAAAAAGGUUCCAUCGUAAAAUGCUCUGUUUUGUCCAGUUCUGUCCUUUGUGACACCUUCUCAAUGUGGUGGACAAUUAAAAAAGAUCAGAAUUAAAUAAAGUUUUCAUGUGUACAGUUAUUUUCAUGUUGUACAUUUACACCAUUAUGUCUGAAGAAAUUGGAGUUUUAUACUGUGCAGUAAACAUUACAAUGCUAACAAAAGAUGGCUGUUGUAAGGAAAUUAACGUUUGUAAAAAGUUUGAAAAAAUGAAAGAAUAAGGAAUGUUUCAAACAACACAAAAAGUAGCCUAUAAUUGACUGUCAUUUUUAUAUAUUUCUCAAAAACAUACAAUGAAAUGAAACUGCAUUUCCAUUAUUUUGAUGUUAUGAAUGAAAUAAUAUUUUUCUUCAAAUAUUGGGAGAUUAAACAGGACGAGAGCAUCUUCUGUUAUAUUUUUACAACUAAGAACCAGGAGGCGUUGCCAAAGAAAUUAAAUUAUUUUGAGCAAGCCGUUGUCAGUAAGCAAUUGAAAGAGUACUCGACAUCAAACAAUAUUUUAUCUAGUUUUUAAUCCGGUUGAAGAAAACAAUCACAGCACAACUACAGGAGCUUUGAAGUUUGUUGAUGAGGUCAUUGAGUCACUAAAAAGGAAACAACACCAUGUUGUCCUGCAUAUGUUAAACUCAGUUUGUCAUGUGUUUUUAGUUGAUUUAUUUUUAUUUUUAAGAUUUGUUUUUGAGUCUCAAUUGGCCUUUUUUGUAAUUUUCUUUUAAAAGUAGGAAGACAGGAAAAGGGGUGAAGAGUGGGAAACAUAAGCAGCACAGGUCGCUAUGGGGACAAUUGAUCGACGGCCGAAACCUCUCUAUACAUUGGCUGCGCACUCUACCGCUGCGCUGGGCCCUGUGUUCUUAUUUUUAAAACAAGUGUCAAAUUUCAUACUCACCAUUGCUUUGAUAUGAGAGGGUAGACUGGUCUCCUCUGUCCACCAGAAGAAUAAAACAGUGGUGCAUCUUCAUUCAUAAUUUAUGAAACAAUUCUUAAUGUACUGCAUGGUACAUUAAGAAUGGUAUGCAUACCUGCUAAGCUACGUCAACCAAAAGACUCUCUUCACUUACAGAACAUUUACCAUCUCAUGGUCCCAAUGGACCGGAUUACAGCAGGGAAGUUGUCUUUUCAAUGUGCAGCUCAGUCUAUCUGGAAUCAAUUGCAGAAUGAUUCAGGAUUCCAAGGGCUGAUCUCUCUGAAGACAUUUAACAAGUUCUUAGACAACUUAGAAAGUAGUACAUGCAUUUAAAACUUGUUCAUACUGUCAUUGUUGUAUACAUUAACGUUAAAUUUUUUUUCGUGUAAAAUUGUUUCUGUGCUGCUGUCAUGAUUCUCUUAUAAUAAAGAUUUUAAUUUCA